ACACACGCUCCCUCUCUCUCACUUGCUCUCUCUCCGUCACCAGGCUCAUUCCAGGCUCGCCUCCUCCCGCGGCAACCGCGCUCUGCUUUUAUUCAAAAAGAAGUUUGCGACCAGAAGAAGUCUCCGUGCGCGCGUGUGUGUUUGCACGUGUGUGUGUGUUGUGUGUGUGCGCGUGUGCAUCUCGUGUGUGUGUGCCUGCCCUGCGCGCCUCUCUCCCGGAGCCCCUCGGCUUUGCCCGACGCGUCCCCUGGAAGUGCGGCUGUGAGUCGGAGGGAGGGGGUGUGUGUGCUGCUGCCCUGGACGCCGGUGCCCUCACUGCAGGAGAAGCCCCACCGUCAGCAUGGUGAAAGCCCCGCUGCUGCUGCUGCUGCUGGCCCUCGCCGGGCCCUUCUGUGCCAUCACACGCGCAAGCACUCUGGUGGACCCCACGGUCGGGGAUGUCCCCGUGACCAACGCCGCAGUUGCGCCCGAGGCCACUGGCGUGCCCAUAGAGGAGAGCACGGCGGGGCCCGGCGAGGCGGCGGACGCCACUGAGGCCUCCCCCGGCGAGGCUGCCCCCGUGGACGCCACCGCAGCCCCCGAGGCUGAGGCCCCUCCCGAGGGCACCGAGGCCCCGGCCAAGCCCGACGAACCCGCCGAAGGCACCGAAGCUCCCGCCACCGCGGCCGCCGAGCCUGCCGUCGCCACCCAGGCCCCACCCGCGCCCGAGACGGUCCCGCCCGUCGUCACGGACCCGCCCGUGGUGGCCACGGUGGCGCCCGAGGUGGAGGAGGCAGGAGAGUCACCAACGGUGGCGGUGGAGCUGCCCGAGGAUGGCAUGAGCACAGGGCAGGUGGUGGGCAUCGUGAUCGGCUCGCUGCUGGCGCUCAUUGUUGUCAUCGCCGUGGUGGUGGCGGUGAUCAGGAGGAUGGGCCAAUACUCCCCUUAAGGAGAAAAACUGGCAAACAGGAAGGACGCCCAGUGUUCUGGAAACUGAACUACUGAACUAUGUCAUUUCCUGUCGUUAAAUAAGCAUGCUACCAGCACUCUAACCUAUCCAGGACUCUGGACUGUUGCCAAGGGGGGACGGGGAACAUACCACCCCGAAACCCCAACCCCACUGCCACCCCAAGGGUGGACACAGGAAGUGACACUGAAUUUCAGGGUCCUUAACAUACAUUGUAAACAAAAAGGAAACUUUUAUUUUUUUUUUUUUGACUUGUGGUAAAGACGCUCAAGGUAUAGUGAUGUCUACAUUGACUCAGAUGUGCUUUCAUGCAUUGCUCUGAGUUUCUGUGAAGAGGACCUAAAAAACAAAACAAAAAACCUAUUAACACAAAAGACAAAAACAGAAAGAUUUUAGCAUAGAGUGGAAAUUGAGCAGAUAAACAGAGAUUAUGUUGUGAAUUCCACAGCGUGUAUAUACUACACUUAGGGACUACCAUAAGUACUAGUUCAUCUGUUGCAGUUGCUUGCUCUUACAUACAGUAUAUGGAAGACUUAGGCAAUGUAGGCCACUGGGGCCCUCUGAAUUCCGAUGACAUGGCACGCUCAUACCAUAGAGUCCACCCAGUGAAUCCCCCUCACUAACAAACAUGAAUUACAACUGUAUGAAGCUGUCUAUGCCGAAGUUGUUUCAGCGCUCUGCUCCAGGUCUGAGGGGGUCUGGCUGCGUCUCAUCGGUCAGGUGCAAAUGUGACUUUCUGCCAGCUUUAACACUGACAUAUAAAACCCCUAAUACAUAUCUGUGAAAUUUAGCAGAAUGGUUUUGUGCCACUGUCUCCCGUAUAUUCUCUGGAUGAAAUCUAGAAUUUGACUUCUGACAAAAAAAAAAAAAAAAAUGCGCGUUAAUGUGAAUUUACCUUCUGUUCUUUAACUGCCACCCAUUCCGACAGGACGAGCCACACUCUCAGUUUUACUUUCUUCCCUCCAUCCGAAUGCGUUCCAUGUACGGUUUCUUUGCAAACACACCCCGCUAAGCGUCAGUGCUGAAACACGGUCCACCACAAAGGCACACUUGUACGUCCGCUUCAUCACGGCUCCCAGGUAACACCGAUAUUCACAGUCAAUGGGUUCUUAUCUUACGCAUGCACAGGAAUCUUGCAGUUUCAAUGUCGAUGCACUCGGCGUCAUUUUUAAUCAAUCAGAAACAAGGAACAAGCGCGUUUUUCAUUAUCAGUGACAGUCAUACAUGGGUGCAACAUAAUUCAGCCUUGGCUUCGCUGUGCUCGCUUUAAGAACUCAGUAAUAAGUGCACUGAACUAAAAAAAUGUGUAAUGAAAUCGCUUUAGACACUGCAACACUUUUUUCUAAGGGUUUGCGACGAUUUCUUUUUUCAAUUGUUUGUUUUCCAGCUUUGCCACGUGCUAUUCGCUUCACAUAUGAA